AGGCCUCGUCGGCCGCGGGUUGGAGUAGUUCAGGUGCGGCCCCGCCCCGCCCGCCCGCGGCCCCGCCCUGCCCAGGUGAACAGUCCCGCCCUGGCCCAGAUCUCUUUGACUGGGAACAGUGUGUCCCAUAGAGGAUCAAGAAAGACCAUUGGGGUAAUUGGGGUGGGUAAUACUAGACUCCUAAUGGAGAUUCCUUCAGUAACCAAGUUUGGUGAGAAUUUUGUGUUUGAGGAUGGGUUGGAGAUGCAACAAGUCCUUUUCCCAGAAGAGGAUCUGGGGGACACAUUUCUUCAGGAGAGGAAUUUAGAACAAAUGGCUGUUAUCUACAAGGAGAUCCCUCUUGGGGACCAGUAUGAAGAACAUGAUGAUUACGAAGGGAACUUCAGCCUGUGUUCAAGCCCUUUUCAGCAUCAGGGUACCCCCCCGGUGAAUAGACCCCAGGAUGAUGAGAUAUUUGACCAAACCUUCCUCCAGAAAUCAGACUUAAGUAUGUGUGAGAUAAUCCAUGAUGGAGAAGAACCCACUAAAAAAAGUUCCGAGAAAGCAGACAAGGAGGGUUUGGAACCCACUGAACCUCACAAAGCCACACAACCAGCAAAACCUUAUGCAUGUCGGGAAUGUGGGAAGGCCUUCAGCCAAAGUUCACACCUUCUUAGACAUCUGGUGAUUCACACAGGGGAAAAGCCCUAUGAAUGCUGUGAGUGUGGAAAGGCCUUCAGCCAGAGCUCACACCUUCUUAGACAUCAGAUAAUCCAUACUGGGGAGAAGCCCUACGAGUGCCAGGAAUGUGGAAAGGCCUUUCGUCAGAGCUCAGCCCUCACACAACAUCAGAAAACUCACACUGGAAAAAGACCCUAUGAGUGUCGGGAAUGUGGGAAAGAUUUCAGUCGGAGUUCAAGCCUCAGAAAACACGAGAGAAUUCAUACAGGGGAGAAACCUUAUCAGUGUAAAGAGUGUGGGAAGGCCUUUAAUCAAAGUUCAGGCCUCAGCCAGCAUCGGAAAAUCCACACCCUGAAGAAACCUCAUGAAUGUGACAUCUGUGGGAAAGCCUUUUGUCACAGGUCUCACCUCAUUCGACACCAGAGGAUUCACACUGGGAAGAAACCAUACAAAUGUGAAGAGUGUGGGAAGGCCUUCAGCCAAAGCUCCAACCUUAUUGAACACCGGAAGACUCACACAGGCGAGAAACCCUACAGAUGCCACAAGUGUGCAAAAGCCUUCAGUCAGAGCUCCUCCCUCAUUGAACACCAGCGGAUCCACACUGGGGAGAAGCCCUAUGAGUGUGGCCAGUGUGGGAAGGCCUUCUGCCACAGCUCUGCCCUGAUUCAGCACCAAAGAAUUCAUACUGGAAAGAAACCCUACACCUGCAAUGAGUGUGGCAAGGCCUUCCGGCACAGGUCAGCCCUAAUUGAGCAUUAUAAGACCCAUACCAGAGAGAAGCCCUACGAGUGUAAUAAAUGUGGCAAGUCUUUCAGGGGAAGCUCACACCUUAUUCGGCAUCAGAAAGUCCAUGCUGGGGAGAAACUGUAGGAGAAGGUACUCACUACAAAGCUUUAAAAGCCUUUCUCAGAUGGAGCCCUUGCCAGACUACUUUUCUUUACCUCCACUUUCCCUUCCCCCAAGUCCCUAAUAACAGCUGAAUGGGAAGAUGCCAGCAAAGUGCUGGCACCCAUAUUGGAAGCAAGACCCUGCUCAUGACCCCAGCCUGAUGCCUGCGCUCGGCAGCGUCACUGAGUGGAAGGGGGUGAGGUGACAGGAAUGAAAACCUGGAGGCAUGAGACAUGCACUUAUCAUCCCAGUGCUGUUGAAAGGAGGUGCCCCAGAAAUGAGAGCUGACCCUCAGUGUUCUCAUUCUCACUUUUGAUUCCCAAACCUAUGAUUUCAAUUUUGCCUUCUAUAAGCUUUUCCCAGCAUCCAGAAAAAGAAAGACACCAGAUGGAAGAAGUUGAGCUAGACCUGUGAAAAUGUCAGAUGAACUCAGCAUUGCUCUGCAGUCUGACACUUCUUACAGAAACCAUGCUCACAGUCCAAAUCAGCUGAAAAAAACAAAUCAAAAAUUAGAUGUCUCCAUAGUCAAAUAGAAUCAUCUGCCUGACUAGGGCUUUGUUGGGGACAACCAAAUAGGUCACAGGUCAAAGGGAGGGUCUGCUAGGGUUUGGGUGUAACGGUGUGAAGUCUCUGACAAGGUCUUUGAAUUCCAUCUUGGGUUGGAGAGAAGGCAAUUUCUGGAAGAUUGUUCUUUCAAAGGGGAAAUUAGAGUUUUGGUCCUGUAGGCCAGCAGGCUUAAGACACUUGACUCUUAACUCAUCCUAGGCAUUAGGCAGUAUUACCUUCCAGGAGUAACCUCCAUGAAAAUCCAUUGUAUUUCAACCUUGUAUUGCCAACAAGACCUUUUCAUCUUCCAGUGCCAGAAGAUGUAGGAAGCAGGGUAAUUCUGCUUCCAGGUUCAAGUACUCCUUCUAUAUGAGUGAACCCCCAGGUUCUAUUUUCCAGUCUGUGAGGUGGAGAUAGUAGGGCUGACUUUAUGCCUCCAAAGGUUGGUGCUUUAGUUCAGGUAAGUCCAAAAGUGAAUGUGCUCUGGCAACUGCCAGUUGAGGAUGGAGAUCCCUACUCACCUCUGCCUCCACCUGGAAAGGCUUUCUUUUUGUUACUAUUAUUUAUUAUUGGAUAGAGACAGAAUUUGAGAGGGGAGGGGAAGAUAGAAAGGGAAAGAGACUGAAACACCCACAGCCCUGCUUCACCUCAUGAAGCUUUCCCUCUGAAGAUGGGAACCAGGGACUCGAACCUGGGUCCUUGUGCACUACAAUGUGAGCACUUAACCAGGUGCACUGCCACCUGCCCCCUUUAUUUAUUUAUUUAUUUAUUUAUUUAUUUAUUAUUUUAACCAGAGCACUGCUCAGCUCUGGCUUAUGGUAGUGCAGGGGAUUGAACCUGGACUUUGGAGCCUCAGUCAUGAGAAUCUCUUUGCGUAACCAUUAUGCUAUCUCCCCCUCCCAAAAGACUUUCUUCGUUGUAGGUGCCUUGUGAUGCAGCAUUUCACAUAUAGAUAUUUCCUGGAGUCACCUAGAGUCUCUGGGCUGCAGAAGGAUCCUUAUGUUUACCCUCUCUUUGUCCUUUCCCUGUCAACUAGUGUUCCCCUGGAAGUUAUUUAGAAAGUAACAUAUCUGUGACCCACCCAUACCAAUUUAUUUGGUAUUCACAGAGGUGGCACUCAGACAGUUGUAUGUUUUCAAAGUUGUCAAGGUGACUGCAAUGCUCUAGCACAAAGCAGGGCUGUGAGGCCUGUGCUGGGCUUUCAUGCACCUCAAGAUCUAAAUGUCACAUCUGCUCAUCCUGACCACAGAGCUUGGAGGUGAUCUCUCCCAGCGCCCCUCCCUAGAAUGGAUUCAGACAUUAAAAAUGUCUGGGAUGAUAAGUGCAUGUCUCAUGCUUCCAGGUUUUCAUGUAGGGCCUGACUUUAUGCCUCCAAAGGUUGGUGCUCCAGUUCAGGUAAGUCCAAAACUGCCAGUUGUGCUCUGGCAAUUGCCAGUUGAAGACGGAGACCCCGAGUCACCUCUGCUUCCACCUGGAAGGGCCAAGGUGUGUGUGUGUGUGUGUGUGUGUGUGUGUGUGUGUGUGUGUGUGUGUGUGUGUGUGUGUGUGUGUGUGUAGUAAGGAGGCAUAAUUUCCCAAAAGUUUUAGAACUGAAGCUCCAGCACCCAUUUUGAUAAUGCUGGUUAUUUCAGCUAAUCAGAAGCUCAUGGGAUAAAAUAAACAUGGGAUCCAUAAUUAUUAGUACUUGAGGCUUGGAAGGCCAGAGAUUUAAAACUGAUCUGAAAGCCUAGGAACCUCAUGGUGAGAAGACAGUCUCACACCUCUCUAGUUCCUCUCUCUACUGUGUGACUAUGCCAGUCAAUCAGCAAGAACUACAGGGACCCUCAGGACCUGCUACACCACCAGCUGUGGCCUGUCCAGAGUCUAGCCAUUUAUGAAGAAUACAGAAACCCCUGUUUGGUGUGAAUGGAACAGCAGCCCCAAUCCCAUCGACCUCCUCUGUGUCCCCCAUCUGCCUCCGCUCUGACCAAGCCUCUCCUUAUCAGGCAGAUAAUGUUUCUUACCCUUGAUGAUCCUUUCUGCAUAUUUCUUCUGCACAGAUCAGCCAAAUUGAUACUUUAAAGAUUCAGUCAUUAAUGAAAGAGAGGGAGAGAGAGAACACUAGAGCAUCACUCUGGCACAUGCAAUGUCGGGGAUCAGACUUGGGACCUCAUGCUUUUAAGUCCAACUCUGACCACCAUGCCACCACUCCCCUGCCCAGACUGAUUUUUUUAAGCAUCUAUUUGUACAUACUACCACUCUCCUGAAAACCAACCUGCGGGCUUUUCUGCUUCUGAACCUUCAUUUCAGCCAGGCUGCUUUGCCAUGCUGAGUAAGCUACACAGAGGUCAUGUAGCACAUGACCAGAUGCCCUCUCCACUCCAGCUUCACUGAACUCAUUUUGUGAUUUUCUUACUUUUUGGAAUAUGCACUUUCUCUUUUUCCCAUCCCGAAUCUCCUUUUUUUUUUCCCCCCCCCGAAUCUCCUUUUUUUUCAUGUUUUUUUUUUUCUUUUUGAUAAUUCAUGUAGUGGGGACCAAGAUCCUCUUUUGAAGGACUAACAGAUUCUCAGAUAAUCAUGAUCAAGCCAGGUUCUUUCAUUUUAAUUUUUGCAAGUGUGAGUAAAGUCUGGUUCCUUUUGUUUAGAUCAUUUCAGUUUUAUUAUGUAUUUUAACGUUCUUUCAUUUUAUUUAGGUUUUCAAGCUGUAAUGUUAAAAGAGAUCAUCCUGGUAAUAAUUUAAUUGUCCUUGAGUUUAGUUCUUUGUUUUUGUUUAGUUGUCUUACUUUUUUUUUUUUUUUUCUGCUUAUAACAGAUGGUGUUGAAUGUUGUAAAGUUCCCACUCUUGGUUUUGUUUACUAACUGAAUUCUUUUGUCAGAGUGUAUGUAUUCUGCUCUUUCUUUUUGGCUUACUAUGCAUUUCUAAGGUUAAUUAUGUAGAUAGAGUUUACCAUAUUUUAAAUAUUCCUAGUAAACAUAAGUACUCUGAACCAUGA